GUAAGCAGUACUUAUAUAUGUACGGUUUGCUACUUGCAAUUCUACUUAUAUGUAUGUAGCUUAGAUGUACAUAUACAUCUUAUACAUAAUCCAUGUUUCCCGCGUGCAGCAUGGAAGCUUGCAUAUACAUAGGUAAGCAGGCAGUCGUCAGUCAGAAUAUCAAAGGAGGCAACCGCAGCCUUAUACUUAAUACUUUAGGAGGUAGUCAUCUAAGUAAACCUUCCUUACUUUUCCUUACUUUAGCUCUUGUCAUUAUAACAAGUACUGCGCCCAACUUACUCUAUCUACCCAUAUCACUAGCUUAAAGCCUUGCUCUUCGAGUAGGUAAUCAUGCUCUCACAACAACUAGCUCAGCAGAGAGCAGAGUCUCAAGAGCUUCCCCCUCCAUCAGAUCCUACUCCUGCUCCUCGUGGCUCUUUACUUGAUGCGGCAAUCGACCAGUUAUUAAAAGACCAACCCAGCGAAGAUGACGCCAACUACGUUUUCAAGUCUCGAGAGAAGUCAGAUCUCACUAGACUUCUACACGUUCACGUUGAAUGUAACGAUGGGGAUACUCUAGUUAUCGUUAAUUUCCCUCCAGGCUAUUCAAGUUGUAGCAGGGAAGAGUGGACCUCAAAACGCUUCUGCGUCCAUUCGGAGAGACUCCUUGCCACUGGUUCCAAGGUCUUCGCAAAUUUAUUGUCGCCCAAGGAACAAGCCCGCUUCCAGAAGAGACUGGAACUUGCCGGUGAAACAGUUUCACAGAGAUUCAUUAUUGAUCUCACCCCUUCGGCCGAGGGAGACGACCUAGCUGCCCAGCUCAUAGAGUUGUCUUUACCUCCUGGCGUUACCGACUGGUGGACGUCAAAGGAGAGACUUGGUAUAUCACCAUAUCUAGUUUCAGGGCACGAUGAUCACUGCCCCCAUCACGACGAAGUUCCUAUAGACUGUGUAAAAAAGACGUCAUACAUACAACAGAAUUUGGGACUUAGAGAACGUCUUCCAACAAUCGAUCUAGUUGACAUCAAAACGAUAAAAUCUAGAGCUAUUGACGAUUAUUGUCCUAUCCGUCAUCGCGUCAACAUCGUUCGUCUCCUUUUAGCCAUAGAGGGUUAUGAUCUGGUCUUGAAUUCGGCAUCCCGUGUCUACACGCUCACAAGUAUUGCCAGUAUACUAGACUGCACACGUGUUAUUCGAGACUCGGUGUAUACUUGGCUUUUAGCAGAACCCAACACCGAGUUUAUUGAUAUCAAUGCCGAAGUUGCGUUUAAAAUCGCGUGGACGUUGGAAAUAGAUAGUAUCACCCGAGCCGCGUUUCGCAUCCUCGUCGUUGAGAAGGCCCUGGAUACUCUCGCUGCUCAACCCCCGGCUCAAAAAGAUCGGUAUACAGUAUUCGGCCGCCCUCGUGUGGAUCUACCCGACGAUCUACAGACUGUUGUUCAAUAUGCAGCACAAAAACUUGCCGAUCGUGUUCACCAAACACUCGCAAAAUUUAGAUCAGAUCAGUUCUAUAAUGGGCUCAAAAUAUCGGAAUACCGACAGUUCGCAGAAGUCGGCGACAUCAUCCGCACAGCCAUUUCUACCGGCUCAAGCCCUAACAGCGGCCAGUCAACCUUGAGGACAGAUUCCAUACGCGAUAAACUACUAACCAGACUACUUGAUUCGUUCUCUACCCUUUACACAAAGCUACAAGAAUAUAAGGAUUAUAUCAUACAGACGGCAAUGCAUGCUGUAGCCGAGUAUGACCAGCAAAGCGCCUACGAUCGCGAUCGCCGAUGUUAUGUGGAACAUCCAAGACGAAUUCCUACUUCUCUUAUCGCCAGCAAUUUUACCGAUGCCCAACAUCUUCUAACCCCGUGGUUCUGGGUUUAUCUGGCUUCGUAUCCUAUCGACUACCUGGGGCCGUGCUAUCCCGUCGAAUUUCUGGCUCUAUACGUGGACGAUUUCAACGACAGACUAACCGAAGCGACACCUUACCUCGACGGAGGAGGUAGCUAUGGUAAAUCAGCGAACUGUUUUCACCUGGAGAACUUUCGCAUCGAGCUUCACGCUGCCGUGACAAACUUAUGGAUUACCUGGACAAACUCCGAAUUGGAAGUACCGCUCACUAGAACGGAACACAUCGUCCUAGCGCUGUCGGAAGACGAGUUCCAGUAUCUCCCCCUUUGGGCCGGCGGACUUAACGACGGGAGCGGCGGCGUUUUUCAAUCCACCGUCCCAGACGCUGACUUGGGCCCAAUCGGCCCCGGUCCAGCCUACUGCACGGGUAAUACAGUGGCGACAGAUACUUCGAGCAUCUGCCAAUCCGACAAGACGCCUAGCGAAGUCAGCACCGCCACCUUAACCGCCGGACGGUCCGUAAACGCCGUGCCGUCGAAUAUAGGUCCGAGCACCGUCCACGACGGUACAUCUGCAUCUGUAUCAGACAGCCGCGUCUCGUUCACACCCGCAGCGAGCACGACAGGGUCAACGGCUACCUUGGAUAGAGACGAUAGCGACGGAUAUGAAUCCGAUGACAGCGAUGAGAUCGACGAAGAGGCCUGGUCUCAGGUCGAAGAGCCUUUGACGUAGUGAUAGGUGUGAAUAUUUUGGGGUAUGGGAUGUGUUGGCUAGAUAGCAAUAGAACAAAUAAAUAGGGGCGCAAGGCUCCGGUAAGUGCCUAAAGCAUGAUAUCAGGUUGGGUUGGUCUAUGAGGGUUAGGUUCACAUCAGUUAGGAAGAAUGAGCUAUAAUGAGAUGAAACGGAAUAGAGGAUACGUCUUCGUCGAGAUUGCAUAGGUACCUAGGAUAGGAGUAUAUCAUGUGCGGCGUCAGCAUGGAUGGAUAUAGAUGUGCUGUAGUGACAUCUAAGGAAAACCCGAACCUAAUACACACAAAAAUUUACCCCCUAUUUCUUCACCAUAUCUAGAUCAUGUCAAGUAAACAAGACAAAAAUAGCAAACUUAUAUGUUUAGAGAUGGGUAAAACCUCUAUUCACCCAGGGCUUUCUGCGUCCAAUAUAUCUGAAGCGGGUAUAUAGCUGGCUAGCACACUAAGGAACCUCCAAGCAGGCAAUGGUCCACCACAUGUUCUGGUACAGGAAGCAGAUCAGAGGUAUCAUUGUCAAAGAAAAGAAAGCAGAUCUGAACAGCCCGUCCUCGUUAAUUGCAAC